UCAAAAUAUUUAAAAAUAAUUUAAAAUUAAUGCUGCUUGUUGGUGCAAUUAAAAAAAUAAGCCGGGCGACACUGCAAUGACAUCCUUGUGAAAGGCCGUUUAUGAAGAGCAUGUACUUGUACGUUCCGCCAUGCAGAGCUGACACACGCGCCAGUCAUUUGCUGCGGGGCCCGUGACGCACGUCGGGCUCCUCCUGCAGUGGGCGGGGCUACAUAUAACGAAACAGAUGGGCGCUCGAGCUUUGUCUACAGGCUGUCAGUGUUGAGGGAAGGCACGGGCGCAUUUCGGGUGUAGCUCGUGGCAUUUGUAAAGAUUAACGCCGCUGGUUUUGUAAGAGGAGAGAGAGCUGACAGAAUUGCAGAGAUCCAGCGCGGGCGUCUGACCUGUCCCCGCGCGCCUCGUAGGUAGGGUUCAAGCUCGAGAGAACUGACACGGAACAAUACCGCGAGUCCUGCACGAGACGGAAGCUCGACGCGCGCCGUGGAGCGGACUUCGCUUGUGUGCGGUGUUGAAGUGCGGGCGUCCCCGCGUGAUAGCAGCCUGUCCCGCGACACUGCCAGAGACCGAGACACGGAGACGCUGUCCACGAUUGUCGCGUUGUCUCUUCCGGAGGAGCAAUGCCGGGCUACGACUACAAGUUCCUCGAGAAACCCAAGCGGCGCUUCCAGUGUCCCCUGUGCAGUAAGGCGAUGAGGGAACCCGUGCAAGUUUCCACGUGCGGACACAGAUUCUGCGACACCUGUCUCCAAGAAUUCCUCAGUGAGGGGGUCUUCAAGUGUCCUGAAGACCAGCUCCCACUGGACUACGCCAAGAUCUAUCCUGACCCUGAGCUGGAGCAGCAGAUCCUGGCUCUGGCUAUCCGUUGUAUCCACAGUGAGGAAGGCUGUCGGUGGACCGGCCAGAUGAAACAGCUGCAGGGCCAUUUCUCCACCUGCGCCUUUAACGUGAUCCCCUGUCCAAACCGCUGCGCCGCUAAGCUGACCCGCCGUGACCUGCCUGACCACCUGCAGCAUGACUGUCCCAAGCGCAAGGUCAAGUGCGAGUUCUGCGGCAGCGAGUUCACAGGAGAAGCCUUCGAGAACCACCAGGGCAUCUGUCCCCAGGAGAGCGUGUACUGCGAGAACAAGUGUGGAGCACGCAUGAUCCGGAGACUCCUAGCACAGCAUGCUGUGGCAGAGUGCCCUAAACGCACACAACCCUGCAAGUACUGCGGCAAGGAGUUCGUCUACGAUACCAUCCAGAAUCACCAGUACCACUGCCCCCGCUUCCCCGUGCAGUGCCCCAACCAGUGUGGCACGCCCAACAUCGCCCGCGAGGACCUGGCAACCCACGUCAAGGAAAGCUGCAGCAGUGCGCUUGUGCUCUGUCCAUUUAAAGAUGCUGGCUGCAAGCACCGAUGCCCGAAGCUGGCGAUUGGCCGUCACCUGGAGGAGACCACUAAGUCCCACCUGACCAUGAUGUGCAGCCUGGUGGCACGGCAGCGUCAGGAGAUGGCCGAGCUUCGCCGGGAGAUGGAGGAGCUGUCUGUCAGCCACGAUGGCGUGCUCAUCUGGAAGCUCAGUGACUACUCUCGCAAGCUCCAGGAGGCCAAGCUCCAUAGCAACCACGAGUUCUUCAGCCCGCCCUUCUACACGCAUCGCUAUGGCUACAAGCUGCAGGUUUCCGCCUUCCUCAACGGUAACGGCAGCGGCGAGGGAUCGCACCUGUCCAUCUACAUCCGCGUGCUUCCCGGCGAGUACGACAACCUGCUGGAGUGGCCGUUCUCCUACAAGGUGACCUUCUCUAUCCUGGACCAGAGUGACCCUUCGCUCUCCAAGCCGCAGCACAUCACCGAGACCUUCAACCCAGACCCAAACUGGAAGAACUUCCAGAAACCCUGCAGCAGCCGCAACUCGCUGGACGAGAGCACGCUGGGAUUUGGCUACCCCAAGUUUAUCUCGCACGAGGAGAUCCGCAAGAGGAACUACAUCCGUGAUAACUCCAUCUUCCUGAAGGCUUCCAUAGAGAUCCCACAGAAGAUCCUGUCCUGAGACAGAGACCUUUCAACUCACCAGCCUCUUAAUGACACUUGUUUCCCUUCACAGACUAGAGAGACUUGGAGGACCAUCUAGUGUUCCUCACAGUUGUUUGCGAGGCCACACGCUGUGUUGUGCUUCAUAAAUCGUCACAUGCUUGUUUCAGAUUUGCAUUUUUUUCUCUCCUCAAUGUGCAUCAAAGCCUUUGGACAUUCAAUAGUGCCUAGAAAGUUUUAAUUUAAUUUAAAGUUGCGUUUUUAAAAAAAUGUGAUUUAUGACAACUCUGUGACAGAUGCUAGUUGAAGGGGUUGGAGUUUAAGGAGAUGUUUGAGGAGAUGUUUGUAGCCUUCACACUCUGGAAACAAAGGAAUGGGGUUCCGACAACAGAGCCGCAGAACAGAAGAUGGCUAGGAACUCACACACACUUACACAUGUUUGCUUUCUGUUUACACACUCUGCCCCUCGAAUGGUACUUGAACAGAAGCUCAGUGACAUGGUCAACAGGACUCGUUUGUCCCGUAUAACAGCAGCUGUGAAGUAAACGUUGCCCGCUCGGGCACCUCACUCUCAGUAUGCCAAACUGGCUGUGGCAUGUCUGUGAUGCCUUGUUAAAAGCCUGCUCAGGAGAGAUCUCCACAUGGUGGAGGCAGAGGCAGGGGAGAUCUCCUCACGGUGGAGGCAGGCGAGCUCUCCACGCGGCGGAGGCACUUCUGUCUAGAGUCACAAUCUUCUGAGAGAAAGCGAUGAUGUAAGAAUCUGUUCGCAAGCAGUCAGCGGCUACUGGAGGAGGAGCACUGGGUGAAGGGUACGGAGCUGGUGAAACUCCGCGUGAGAAGGUCACUGCCAUCUUGUGAGGUUACCUGCGUGCUGAGGACAGUAUAGCUGGUGAACCAACACAUGGAAUCAAAACUCCGGUAUCUGUGAAAGAAAUGUAGGCUGAAAAAGUGUCAUGAGGAGGGGGUUUGGUCCCGGGGAGGGGGUGUGGUCCUCAGCUGGAAGCGUGGUUGAGUUACUCAGGCGCUGGUAGCCAUAUUUGCAGACACGCGUGUCAUCACAGGUUUGAGGAGUGUUCUCACACAGCUGAGUAAGACAAACUUUGUGCAGUAUGGUUGCCGGUCGUCCCUGCCGACCUCUGGAGGAGUUUCUCCGUAACUGAACAUGUGAGCACUAAUAAAGCCAUGGGGAAGCACGCUGUCCUUCACGUCAUGAAAAGUCCUGAUUUAAUCGCAUUAUAAUACCAGCUAAUAUUUCCCACAGUAACUUUAAGAAAAUGUGGGGGGGAACUUUUUGCAAGAUUCUGUAUUUUACAGCGUACUUUAACAUUUUUUCUACGACAUUUCUGAGGUAACGAGUAGAAUGCUGUACUUUAAAACUUUUAGACCCUCUUAGAGUUUCAUAUUCUCUGGAGAUUCUGUUUGUUUGCAUAUCCUGUAUGUGUUAUUUGCUCUUUAAAAGUAUUUAUUUUAAGCCACCACAUCCGUACCUGUGAUGGCACAGAUGUUUUUUUAUAUGUUGACUGAUGAUUACUUGUCAUUUUCCCCUUGAAAUAAAAUAAUGUCCCCAGGAA